AACUUCCGCGUUGGUCUUUCCACGUGACCAUACCGACGGUCUCAUUCUGGAGGGAGAGAGAGAUGGGGAGUAAUGGCCAAGAACAUGCUAAUGGCUUCCAUGACGGUUUCCAUGCUAGUGGUACUGCCGGCAAAGUUAUCACUUGUAAAGCUGCCGUUGUUUGGGGUCCGGAAGAACCCUUCGUGAUGGAGGAGGUGCAAGUAGAGCCCCCUCAAAAAAUGGAGGUCCGGCUCAAGAUCCUCUUCACUUCCAUCUGCCACACCGAUCUCAGUGCUUGGAAAGGCCUGAAUGAGAUGCAACGAGUCUACCCCCGAAUACUUGGUCAUGAGGCAGCCGGGGUGGUGGAAAGCGUGGGGGAAGGCGUGGAGGACUUGAAGGAGGGGGACCAUGUGGUUCCCAUCUUUAACGGGGAGUGCGGGGAGUGCCCCCACUGUAGGUCCCACAUGACCAACCUCUGCGCCAGGUUCCGGGUGGAUCCCUUCAAGAGCGUCAUGGCCGGCGACGGCCAGCCCAGGUUCUCCGUCCUGGAUCCCGCCACCGGGAAGCGCCGCCCCGUCUACCACUUCCUCAACACCUCCACCUUCGCCGAGUUCACCGUGCUCGACUCCGCCUGCGUCGUUAAAAUUAACCCCGCUGCACCCCUCCAAAAGAUGUGCUUGUUUAGCUGUGGCAUUUCCACAGGAGUGGGAGCUGCAUGGAAUUGUGCAAAUGUAAAAGAGGGAUCAACCGUGGCAAUCUUCGGGCUUGGUGCUGUGGGGCUUGCGGUUGCAGAAGGUGCACGACUGAGAGGGGCCUCCCAAAUUAUUGGUGUUGACAUUAACUCAGAGAAGUUUGGGAAAGGGCGAGAAAUGGGCAUCACAAAAUUCAUCAACCCCAACGACUGCGACAAGCCUGCGCAUGAGGUGAUAAGGGAAAUGACGAAAGGAGGUGCGGACUACAGCUUCGAGUGUGCAGGGAAUCUGGACGUAUUCCGUGAAGCUUUUAUGUCAACCCAUGACGGAUGGGGUUUGACAGUGAUUUUAGGAAUCCAUCCAACCCCAAGGUUGCUUCCCUUGCAUCCAAUGGAGCUCUUUGAUGGCCGGAGGAUCGUUGCAAGCGUCUUUGGAGAUUUUAAGGGAAAAUCCCAGUUGUCGGAUUUUGUGGAUAAGUACAUGAACGGGGAAACCAAAAUUAAUCUGGAUGGGUUUAUAACCCAUGAGAUGCCUUUUACUGAGAUAAACCAAGCUUUUCAGCUGCUGUCCGAGGGAAAGUCCUUAAGGUGUCUCCUGCACCUGUGAUACAUAUUUUAAUUCCAUUUGGAAAGCUUCUCUAUCAGCGUAAUAACAAAAUGGAGAGACAUCUUCGAUGUUGCAUCUAUCUUUUCAACACUAUAUAGUACUUCCAACUAAUUAACUAGAGGUAAGGGUAAUAUAUAUAUAUAUAUAUAUAUAUAUAUAUAUAUAUAUAAGAGAGAGA